AUAGAUGAUAUUGUAAACAGCUGAUUUUCAGUUUCCGUGUUUGUGCAAAAAUAUUUAAUUUUAUUUGUUAACUUUCAAAAUGUUUAUUCUAUCUCAAUUCAGAUACACAAAAUAUGUUGCUAUUUUAAGAAAUCGUAGUUGUUUUAUGCGGCAUUCCUCGAAAAAACACUUCCAACAGAGCAAGUUAGGUUUGUCAAAAUGCGAUACAUUAAUGAAAAUGGAUGGAAUACCGGCCGAAUACAGACUUGUCUACCGUGCACCAAUGGAAUCAUACAUUGCGAUUGCUAAAAACAUAUCUACAAUUACAACAAUAGUCAUUUCAGCUGCUGCAGCAUAUACCGCAACUAACCAAUACAAACUUGUGACACCAAGUUACGAAUCUUUGGGUUUAGUGUCCCAAACAAGCGAUAUUUGGUAUUUUUCAGUAGGUUUUGUUAUGAUAACACUCAUAAUAAGACUGUUUGUUGCCAAAUAUCCCUUGCGCAUUUAUCGUGCAAAUGAAAAAUAUAUUGCUGUAUAUGACUCCCAGAUACCUUUCCGGCCAUCUAAACACACGUUUUGUAAAGGGGAUGUAGCAGAAGUGAAUAGUAAAUUUAAUCCAUGGGGUGAUAGUACUUACUACUUGGGCAAACGAAAAUCAUUAUUAUUGAGCCGGUAUUUUAGAACACCAGCCGACUAUAACGAAAUGCUCGGCUAUAAUUAGUGUCAUCUUUAAAACAAAUUUCGUUCUUUUAUUUGAAUAUCUUGCGAGAAUAAUACCAAAAUAACACUGAAAUAUUUAAUUAGAAUAAACAUAAGAACAUAAGAAUAAAGUAGUUCAGUAUGUUUAAAUUCAAUUGAUAAAUAAAUAAAUAAAUAGUGUGAUAAGAAAAAAGGAAUACAGUAGCAUAGCCGUAUUCCCACAAUCGUUUUGCAAAUCGAUGCCGUCGAACUAUUAAUUUCUGUAUUCCGAAGCUGUUAUAAAAAAUGUUUUGUGAUACUUUGGAAACUAAUCAACGCAAUAUAUAAAUAUAAAAAGUUUGUUAAGCAAUUAAA